GUUGUUGGGAAAGGCUCAUUCGGUAUUGUGUGGAAGGGAAUAUGGAGGGGAAUAUAUGUUGCUGUAAAGCACAUAGACUCUGAAGCAGAAAAGAAAGCAUUUGCUGUUGAAGUGCGACAACUUUCAAGAGUCAGUCAUCCAAAUAUUGUAAAAUUAUAUGGCGCUUGUACUCAAAACCCUGUAUGUUUGGUUAUGGAGUAUGCUGAAGGCGGGUCCCUUUAUAAU